AUGCCCAAAGGAUCCGGCCCCAGCCUGGCCUCGGUGCCAGAACUCCUCGAACUCAUAGGACGCCACCUCAAUCUGCCAGAUCUUGCCCGUUGCUCCCUCACCUGUCGGCUCUGGCACCACACCCUCUCACCCCUACUCUGGGAAACGUUUGACGACAGCUUGUACAAUUGGCCCAGAAUCAUGUUGGCACUGUACUCGGAGACUGAUACAGGACGACGACAAAAGGCCUGGGUGGACGCCCUCUUUUCCAAGUAUGGGCACCAUAUCCGCACUCUCCGAGUUCGACGGUACUAUACCGUUCUUGUAGCGAGCGAAUGUGGUGGCUGCACGCGAUUAGUGUCCUUGCAGUCGUUCGAUUUUGCUGAGGAACUGAGAGCAGUGGCAAAGGAAAGCGGGUCUGGAUGGUGCCUGGAGUCGACAAAGACCGUUAUACCAACAAUAGUUGAAAACGCGAUCGGAGUACAAUCGUCAAGAGGCUGGAGAUCAGAAGCGGCCAAGGACAGAGAUGUGACGACGGCCAGGCGAUUCUGGAUGCUUCUCUACCUCAACUCGUCAACACUUCGGUCCGUUCGACUGGACAAAUCACUCAGCACCCUAUGCACACUCCCCUCGCUCGACCUCCUGGACAAGAUUCUCUCUGGUCUGCAGAACCUAGAAAAGCUGUCUAACACCAUGUACCCGAUGGACGCCGACGUGGUUCUUCAACAGAUACCCAGUCUCCGGUCGAUCACUGGAUGCCCCAAACGGGACACAUCCUCAGUUGUUUUCAACAACGUACGCUUUUUCGACGUAUCAACGAGAAUGGAUCCGUUGACUUUUCGACAUUACUUGACCAAGUUCCCCAACCUCAACUGCCUCUGCCUUGAACGGCUAGUUACGCACCACCAGCAGCAGCAACCGAUCGCCGUCCAGGAUAAUAACAACAACGUCUCAUUUCAACUCUCGGAGAUCCGCUUUACGCUCGAUUCCUGGAUCGACAACCCUACCAGGCUCGUGGAGCUAGAGACCUUUCGUCAACUCGAAAACGAGGACGUCUUCCUCGCCGGACCAACUACCGAUACUGCUCUCAUCUUGCUCCAGGGGUGUCCGAAACUCAAGGUCCUCGACGUCUACCAGAGUCAACUCCGCGCAGAAUCGCUCUUGGCCAGUCCACCCUGGGUCUGCGAGAAGCUCGAGGCACUGCGUUGUAUGAUCACGGGUGUCUCUCGGCUCUCAACACAGGAUAUGAAAAUCUUGAACGACCUGUCCGUGUCGGGAUCGUCCAGGAACGUUUUUCUUACGGAGCAGGAUCGGAACGCGCUAAAGACGGACAGGGAAACCAUGGGACAACAACAGCGUAUCCUUGCGCGACUUGCCAAUUUGACACACCUCAAAGUUCUGGAGUUGGCAUCCAAGCGGCCGAAAGACAAUCGACAACGACCUGAUGAGGAUCAUUUGUACGUCGACCAUUUCUCGGACACGCUUGAGUUGACUUUGGCUAGCGGACUGGGUCAGCUUGCAGCGCUUAAAGACUUGGAGAUGUUUGGGUUUGAAGGAUGCAACCACGAGAUCGAUAAACCGGAGCUCGACUGGAUUGUCAAAAGCUGGCCUCGUCUCAGGGCGAUGCGUGGAUUACGACAGACCAGUGUGUUGACUUCCAGGUUUGAAACGCGCAAAACGGAGCUGCGAGCGUACAUGCAACAGAUCAGACCCGACAUCCAACAACAAGGCGGAAAAUAA